AUGGAAUAUUCAAGUGGUUUUUCGGUGACUGUGAGGCAGAGUGAGGUGGUGAAAGCCGUGCUGCCAGUGCAAGACCACUGGCUGCCGAUGUCGAACUUAGACUUGCUUCUGCCGCCGCUCGACUUUGGGAUUUUCUUUUGCUAUAAGAAAAUCGCCGGAAAAGAUGGUGAGAAUAUUAAUUAUUUGCCGGUAGAUGAGCUUAAGAAGGCCCUAGCUCAAGUGCUAGCGACCUUCUACCCUCUCGCCGGAGAAAUCGUGCAAAACCGGCAGGGUGAGCCGGAGAUUCUAUGCAACAACCGUGGUGUGGAUUUUGUUCAAGCUUAUGCUGAUGUCGAGCUUAAGGACAUCGAUCUUUACCGGCCUGAAAAAUCUGUUCAUGGGAAACUUGUGACGGAGCUUAAAUGCGGUGGGCUAUUCAUCGGCUGCACUUUCGACCACCGGGCGGCCGACGCCACCUCCGCCAACAUGUUCCUCACUGCUUGGGCCGAGACCGCCCGAUCCCAUCCCAUCACCCUCCUCCCCUCCUUCCGCCGCUCCCUCUUCAACCCCCGCCGCCCCCCGCAGCCACAUAAAUCGCUCGACAAGCUCUACGCGCCGCUGGUGUCAAUGCCUCCGCCGUCCUCAUUCGGCGACCUCGACCGCCUCACCAGCCAGAUCUACCUCGUCCCGUCCGACGAAAUCGACCGCCUCCAGUCCCAGGCCUGCUGCAGCGGCGCACGGAGGAGCAAAAUCGAGUCGUUCGGCGCCUUCCUCUGGAAAACCCUAGCCGGCGCCGCCGUCGGGGAUCCGUCCAAGGCGGUGAAAUUGGGGGUCGUGGUGGACGGGAGAACGCGUCUGGGCGCAGGUGCGGACCGAUAUUUUGGGAAUGUCCUCUCGAUCCCAUACGUGGGGGAGAGCGCCGGUGCUCUCUGGGCGGCGCCGCUCUCGAAGGCAGCAGAGGCGGUGCACGGGUGCGUGGCGGAGGCGUCCGCGGCGGAGCACUUCUUGGCGCUAAUCGAUUGGGUAGAGAUGCGGAGGCCGAAGCCGGCGGUGGUGAAGGUGUACUGUAGAGACGAGAACGAUGAGGCGGCCGUGGUUGUGUCGUCAGGGCUGAGAUUCCCCGUCCAGGAGCUAAAUUUCGGGUGGGGAGGGCCGGAAUUCGGGUCGUACCACUUCCCGUGGGGCGGGGAGACUGGGUACGUGAUGCCGAUGAGGAGUGCGAGGGGGAAUGGGGACUGGGUGGUGUACAUGCACCUCAAGAGGCGACACCUGGACCUGGUCGAGGCACGCGCGCCUCACGCGGAGGCGAGGCUGGCGGAAGAACAUGAGUGGAGGUCGGACGAUCUGACCGUAUCCUCCAUGCUCGUAGUGCUCUCUUUCGGCCUCCUCCCCCUUUGA